AUGGCAGCAUUCGGUCUUCUACCAAGUCCACCAAUAUCAGAAUCACGGCCCGCAAGCGCGGGGCCGGAGUCUUCAUACUUUGAUUGCAAGUCAUCAGAUGAAUCAGACGACUCGAAGGAGGAGACUGAGACCGAGACCGACGCCGAGAAUACACAGGACGAGGACCCAGCACUGAGUGUUCUAUCUGACGAGGGGAAGAUCAGCUACCGGGCCUAUCGUCCUCCCGAUUGGAAAGAACAGCACCGAACAGACGUCAUGAAUGUUCAUGAAGCACAUUCGGAGUUCGUACGGCAAUGUGAGUCCAAAGAUAAAGAAGAACCAAAAGAACAGGGGAAGACUUCGAUGUCUAUCACGUCUCCAAAAUCAGUCUACAAUGAGAAGGGCCUUUCGCGAAGAAGCUCACCGCGUCCUCAACGCCCCAGGACUACGACUGUUUCAAGUGAAGCCAGCUGGGUACCGAGCAACUUCUCUUACUGCGAACGAUGGUUGCAAAAUGUACCGGUUGACAGAAUAAAUGACAAAGAUACACCUCCACGGGUUGUCAAUCGGCGAAAGGUCCAAAUUGUCGAGAAUGAUCCACCCAUGCCAAAGCUGGAUAUCAUUCCAGGUGCCAAAGCUCUAGAAGAGCCUGUGCGGUUCGUCGUUGCAAGCGCAUGCAAAACGAAGCCAAAACUAGUUGACAUUGCUCGACAAUCAUCACCUUCUAUACCAUUACCACCGCCACCAACCCUGCUGCCACAGAUCAUACCUACAACACCAGACCAACGACAAGAGGAGGUGUCUGCCUUUAGUCCAGACACUCCACUCGAUAUGUCUGAUAGUGGAUAUGGCACCCGUGAUUCUGGCUAUUCAAUAGAGAGUUAUGACGACAGCAAAGAUGACGACGACGCAUAUACAGAUCCAGGGUCACUCACCUCGGACAGCGUUACGUCUACUGUCGUCUGCGAAAGACCCGAAUCUUCGCACGAAGAAAGAGAAGCAUUUCCACAUCCUGAAAUCAGAUCGGGCAGUGUGAGCCCAAAAGCAUCAUCCCAAAGGUCACUCCGUUCACCAGUGGGAUCAUCUAAUAUGUCCGAUAAAGAGGACGAGAAACAACGAUUAUGGCACCACGACUGGACCUCGGAUGAUCACGAAUGGACUCUAGAUGAGCUCGAUCAUUCCGUGAAAGACUUCCCUCGACACAUGCUCCGUCUCACCUCACCUGUCAUUGUAUUCCUUCGCAAAAAUGACGAGAAGGCCCUUCUCAGGCCCUUCCGUACUAUCUUCCCCGAUGUCACCGAAAACCUCCUCGACUGUCUCUGCGCUGCUCUCCUAGCUCGCAACUACCUUCUUUCUCUAUCAUCAAUCCAUCGCCGCAAACCUUCUGUUUCAACCAGGAACGACCCCUACGCUGUUGAUGCUGUGCCAACAAAAGCCUAUAGCACGUUGGGGAUCCAGAUCCCAUCUGGAUCUCCUGGCAAGAUGAAUAACCGUGUCCUUGGAUCUCGCAGUGCUGACCUCCGACGUGAGCUCGAGCGAAUCAUUGAUAACCUUCUCUUCGCCAUUUGUGGACGGUCCGAUCCUACCCUCAAAUCGGCUGUCGAAGUUCUUGCACAGGUUCUUGAAACCAAUGCAUAG